AUGUCGGAUCGCAAGGAGAAGAAGAGGAAAAGCAGCGACGAUACCGCCCCGCGACCGAGGAAGAAGGUAGCCGCCCAGACCUCCCCCCAGCCAUCGAGAUCCAGCCUCGUCCAGGUGGCUUCCAUCCAGACAGGCCAGGCUUUCCCGCCCAUACUAGCAACCUCGCCUGGUCUCUGUAUCCCCAGCUCGGUCAGGUUCCAGACAUACGCCAAGGUCCUACCCAAAAACCCCAAGCGAAGCAAGAGAUCCAAUUCACGCGCAUCCGACCUCGUCCUCCAUUCCUCUUCCCACGGCAAAUUAGACUACACGGCAAAGGAGGAUGGGCCUGGGGGUCGAGAAUCGUAUCUGAAGCACUAUGUCGCAGUCUUUGAUCCUCAAACAGGCCAGCUCGCUGUGGCGGAAGCCAAGAAGAUGGCCAUCAGGGGCACCGUUCGAGAACAGCAACCGCCUGUACAGGAUAGUGAGGAGCGCGAUGUCCCCAAGACAAUGAUGGAACUCCGAACCGAUCUCGGUGAAGCCUUCGGAACCAAGAAGGCUAAGAAAGCCCUCGCUGCCGUUACCCAGAACGCCAUCGGCCGAGAGAAUGCUGCCUCCGACGCAGACGGAAGCCCGCGGAAGCUCAACUCCUCUUCCCUUGCGUUGAUGGAAUCCGUAAAUGACGUCACGGCGGGAAUGGCGUCCAGAGAGGACCUCCAAGCAGCAGCCGACGCAGCGAAACCGGUGCCCCCCGGCAACUUUGACGCCCAAGAGAUCCAUGAUGUCUACACCCCCGCUAUCUUAAUCGGAAACGAAAUAUUAAAUAACGUCCCUAUCAAAGAAUGGCAGGAUCAUCUUAAGAAGGGGAUUAAUCUCGCGAUGCCGAGCGCAUUCAUUGCGUCGCGACUCGCAGCCGUGGGAGCAGGGCCCGACUCAGUCAAUAGAUUGCGGGCCCUUCGGUAUCUAGAUUUCCUGAUUAAAUUCGUCAAAGCUGGCAGGCCGGGGAAGGAGAGGGGGGUGAGGCGGAUCCCACCGAGGGACAAGCUCAGGGAGCUUCUACAGCCCGCGCCAGAGCCAGUCAUCGAGAACAUUCGGCGAAAAUUCUCGACCAGCGGAGAGAUGAGGAAAUUCCACAUCGAUCUAGUGUACACCUACUGCUGCGCGCUGGCCGCGAUCUUGUCGAACUACAGCUUCGAGACGAGCAAGAUCAGAUACGACCUCGGCUUAGACGAGACGCAGUUUGGCCAAUAUUUCCGCGAGAUCGGCGGCAAGGUUAAAGCCACGAAAGGCGCGAUCAAGGGCACGCGCGUGCAGGUCGCCGUUCUAGCCCUGCCGCUGGAGUUCCCGAAGGUGAGGUACCAACGUCCGCGCGGGCGAUGA